UGUGCUUCCGGGGCGGGGCGCCUACUUCCGGGCACCUCCCACGCCUCCUUGCCGGGCGUCCGGUAGGUCUUGUCAUGGGCGAUCCGUCUCAAGCCGUGCAGGCUUUCCUGAGCCAACACCCGAGCCUGCGGCUGCUUCCUGGCGCCAAUAAGGUGCGCUGCUCCCUGACUGGCCACGAGCUGCCCUGCCGCUUGCGCGAGCUGCAAGUCUACACUGGCGGCAAGAAGUACCAGCGGCUGGCGCGCGCCUCCCCGGCCUUCGACUACGCGGAGUUCGAGCCACACAUCGUGCCCAGCACCAAACAGCCGCACCAGUUGUUCUGCAAACUCACCCUGCGGCACAUCAACAAGUCCCCAGAGCACGUGCUGCGGCACACCCAGGGCCGGCGGUACCAGAGAGCGCUGCGAAAGUAUGAGGAGUGUCAGAAGCAAGGGGUGGAGUUCGUUCCUGCCUGCCUGCUGCACAAGCGGAGGAGGGGAGACCAGAUGAACGGGGACAGGCCGCCGGGUCUGAGGGACACCUUCUGGCAGCCAGAGUCCAGUGACGAGGAGACAGCCCAGAGCGACGACAGCAUGACAGACCUGUACCCACCCGAGCUGUUCACCAAAAAGGAUGGACGAGGGCCUGAGAACGAAGGCUGCACCGAUGACUUUCUGACAGACCAGGAGGAGGAGGAUCCAAGGCCCCCAGGAGGGAAGUGCCCCAGGGGCAGGACGGAGAUGGAAGUGGCCCAUGAGCAGAUCCCUAAGCGCAGGAAGGUGCAGCAGGGCUCGCUGACCAAGAAGCGCAAGAGCCGGCACCACCGCCCCAAGAGCCUGGGCUCCUUCAAGCAGGAAGGCUAGGAAGGACCACAGAGGCGGCCUUCGGUGUCCUCGGAACUGUGUCCCGAUGCUCACUGCGCAGGGCAGGGCGGGGUGGUCUGCGUUGCACCCCAUGCUCCCGAGGCCUUGGGUGAGGCCGAGCUGAGCAGCUUGCCACUGCACCCCAGGCUGACACCACCGUGGGACUGUGCCACAUACACAAAUGCCAUUAUUUAUUUUGAUGUUUCCAAAAAAUCAAAACGUUUUCAAACACAACUAAGAUAUAAAAUACAGCAUAAAAAUGAGAUUUAUACCUAUUCCCACAUAAAGCAAAAGCAUUGUCAGAAACUGUUUUGCCAAAACCAAUGGAUAGGCCCAAUCCCCACCCCCAGGCCACAGACAAAGUUGGCCUCAUGUGCACUUGGCUCUGGGAGCGGCUUCCCACAACUCCCAACCCACAGGCCCUGGAGAAACACUGUCUGAUGGGACUGUCCCAUCACCGUGUUCGUGGGGAAGAGGCAUGUGCAGUGUCCGCGUCAUCACAAGGUACAGGCCCUGUGGCCUGAUGCCAUUGCUAGAUCUGGGCAUGGGAGAGUUUGUGCCAAUCAGAGGCAAACACUGAGGGACAAGUGUCAACUGCUAAAGGGGUCACUACUGUCCCCUCAGGGCAGGUGACUAGCUCAGGGCUGGCCUAUGGUGGCCGUGGAGAUGCACCUUGGCUGUAAAUGUGGGGUUAGCAGCCAUGGUCCCUCCAAGUCUGUGCAUCUGGUCAGUUUUCCCAAGAGGCCGGGGAGUCCUUGAGAGGCCCCAGCCACCCUGUGGCAUUUGCUACCAUGCAGAUGAGUGGAACCACAGCAACAGACCCCUCCCCCUAAAAAGAGGACACAGUGUAAGGCAAUGUUAGAAAACUUUAAAUACAGGAU